AUGAAGCACCGCGUCGCCUUCCGGAAGCUCAACCGCACGUCGUCCCAUCGCCAAGCAAUGCUGCGUACAAUGGUGACGCAGCUCAUUGAGCACGAACGGAUCCGCACGACACUGCCCAAGGCCAAAGAGCUCCGCCGCGUGGCCGAGAAAGUCGUGACAAUGGCCAAACAGCGCGACGAACCGGGACGCAAACGCGCGCAGAGCAUCGUGCGCACGCCCGAGGCCAUGGCCAAACUCUUUGACGUCGUGGGACCGCGUUACGCUCUGCGGGAAGGUGGCUACACGCGCAUUCUAAAGGCCGAUUUCCGCAAGGGAGACGGGGCAGAGAUGGCAGUGAUCGAAUACGUGGAUCGACCGGGUGAGAUGCGCAAGGCCAAGCCGCCCACAGGCAUCGAAGCUGCUCGCGCGGUCUUCGACGCGGAAGCUGAAGUGCUGCAGUGA